AUGACUCGCAAAUCUACAAGAAUCGCCUACAUCAGCUUCUGCUACACAUUCUCCUCGUGCAUUUUCCUUCCGUUUCUUCUUCAAAAGCCUAAUAUGGACAAAGCCAAACAAGUCUUAUUAAAUAUCGAAUCGUGUCCUCCCAAGCUCUUCUACAAUUCGGACCUCUACGUGCUCACCGACAAUUUCACCACAUUCAUGAUCGUGUUGACCACCUUCUCAUUAUUCAUUCUGUCGCAAUGCGCGUUCUACAGCCUUUGCACAUUCUAUUAUUUGCAAUUCAAAAUCUCAGCAUCGCCAAUUUCAACAAUCACUCAAAACUUCCAAAAGAGAGUCGUCCGAAGCUUAGUCAUAAUGAUCUCCUUGAACGUCACAGUAAUCGCCAUCCCAUUCUUUGCUCUCAUGCUCGCCAUGCUUGUCGGCUUCUACGAUCAAGGCUUGAAUAACGUCGCGAUUCUUUUAAUGUCAACGCAUGGCAUCUAUUCAACGAUUUUCAUGAUCAUCUCAACUCAAGGCUAUCGCGAGCAUAUUCUUCAAUUCUCUGAAAAAAAGCAACGCCAAGUGCAAAACGCGAGACUCAUUCUCACUUCGUCCAUUCGUAUAAUGAAUGCUCAAUCGUCGUGCAAUCGCACAGACGCAUUCCUCGAAUCAUGGCAUUUUAUGGCAUUCUCAUGCCAUUUCUUCUCCAUGUUUAGUAUACCCAUCGAAUUGUACACCAUUUUUCUAAUCGUCACCAAAACGCCGUGCCGAAUGCGCAACGUACUUGCGCCACUACUCCAGCUUCAAUUAUGGAACUUCAUGGCAGACAUCGGUCUCGGCUUUCUCAUCACCCCCUACCUCAUGUUCCCUUGUCCUUGCGGUGUCCCUCUAGGCUUGUUUCGCGUCCUAGGUGUCCCAACAGUCUACCAAGUAUUCUACGGUCAAAUCAAUAUAGCAAAUCUGAUCACCGCCAUUAUAUUAAUCUUCGAGAAUCGCUAUUCAUGUAUAGUCGAGACGCGCUUCAAAAUGACUCGCCGAUCAACGCGAAUCGCCUACACCGCCUUCUGUUACUUCAUCUCAACAUGCAUAUUCGUUCCGCUAGUGUUUCGAACUCCUGACGUCGAAGCAACCAAACGCUAUUUGCUAGAGAUCGAUUCCUGCCCUCCUUCUCUCUUCUACGAUUCCGAGCUGUACGUGUUCACCGAUGAUUACAAUAUGGUCUCAUUCCUCGUGCUCUCAUUCCUCACCAUUGUCCUCAUCCAAUGCCUCUUCUACGUGAUCUCAACCAUCUACUAUUUGAAAUUCGAGUUCCCCAUAUCGCAAGCUUCCAUAAACACUCAACGAUUGCAAAAGCGCGUGUUCCGCGGCCUGCUGAUCACGACAACUCUAAGCGUCGGCGUGAUAAUGGCUCCAUUCAUAUUAAUGUCAUCCACAAUUUUCAUCGAGGUCUACAACCAAUCGAUGAACAACGUGGCCGUGUUCUUCGUAGCAACUCACGGAAUGUAUUCCUCAAUGUUCAUUAUCUUCUCGAAUCAGUCAUAUCGCGAACAUACGUUCAAAUUACUAGGACGAUACACGACUUCCGAGAAUCCGACACCAUUAGUGACGGCGACGACUCGAGCCUACACAUGCCAAGUAGAACCGUGCCCUCCACGGCUCUUAAAUGAUGAUAGCCUCUUCGUUCUGACUCACAACGAGAAUCUUCUGUUCAAAAUCAUCGUCGCCUGCAUUCUCUUCAUCGCUUCUCAAAACGCAUUCUACUUCUUCGCCACCUCCUACUAUCUAAUGGCUUCACUACCAUUAAUCCGAAUCUCACCAAAAACCCAAAAGCUUCAAAAGCGAGUGUUCGCUGGCCUCGUCAUAUCGCUCGCCCUGCGAGUCUUCUUCGUCAUAAUACCCAUCGUCCUAUUGUGCACACCGAUUAUCGUCGGCUUCCAUAGCCAAUCAAUAAAUAACCUGUCGGCCCUUCUCAUAACAAAUCAUGGAAUCUACUCCACAAUCUUCAAUAUCAUCGCUUAUAAGCCAUAUAGGGAAUACACAAAACAGCUUCUACGACGGAAUCUGAUUACCGACGCUUGUUACGGUAUUCUAGCCGUGCCUUAUAUGAUGCUCCCUUGCCCAUGCGCCAUCAAUUUAGGCCUAUUAAGUCAAAUCGGCGUUCCCGACAAUGCUCAAUUCUACCUUGGCGAAAUUAGCGUAUUGAACCUCUGCAUAGCCGUUGUGCUCGUUUUCGAGAAUCGCUAUUCGCAUCUCGUCGAAACUCGAUUCAAGAUCACACGAAGAUCCACCAGGAUUGCCUACACCGCCCUAUGCUAUGCUUGGUCGUGUCUCGCCUUUACCCCAUUCCUAUUCCUCGAAGUCAGCGAGGAAAAGGCCAAGCUUUACCUGCUCGACGUCGAUCCAUGCCCUCUUCCACUAUUCUACAGCGAAAAGCUGUUCGUCUUUUCCGACGAUUUCGAGCUGCUCAGCAUUCUCGCCAUCAUCAGCAUGCUGUUCAUUGCAAUUCAAAUCUUCUACUAUUUCAUUGCAACCUCCUACUAUCUAAUUAUCAAGAUUCCCAAAUUCCAAACAUCUCAGAAAACGCGCGCCCUUCAAUGGAACUUGUUCAAGAGUCUCAUGAUUACAAUCUCAGUGUGCAUCUCUGCGGUGCUCAUUCCGGUGACAAUGUGCGCCGUCGCGAUGAUGCUUCGAAUCUACAGCCAGUCAUUGAACAACACGGCGAUUCUGAUGCUAACAACGCAUGGCAUCUUCUCGACAACAUUCCUCAUCUUCUCAAACACUCAUUAUCGCGAGUACACCGGACGACUGAUCGGAUUGAUCGGCCGAGGGCCGCCGGCGGACAUGAGCGGCAAAGACACCGUCUAUGACGCGGUGCUGAAAGCACUGGUCAGCGAUGCGCCGAAGGACGAUGAGUUCUAUUGGCGGCUCGGCAAGACAGUGGCGGACUUGGUGAAGGAAGAGCGCCGAGAAGCGCCUGCCGAAUGCGAUCAUCGCCUGUCGACGGCGAUGAUAGAACGAGUCGAGUGGGCCGUCGCGAAGGAUGAAGACCAGGCGGUGGCGAACAAGGACAGAAGGGAGAGGACAUGCACCUUCUGCCAUUCGAGAACACACGGCACAUGGCGAUGCAAUGUGGUGGUAUUCCAGUGCCAGCGGCAGAAGGCGGCGGAUCGGAUAGGCGUAUGCUUACGCUGCGGAAGAUAUCACCACACGGUGACGGAAUGCGGUGAUAGGCCGGUGACCUGCCGCAUCUGUGGAGGGCCGCACGUGCACUUCUGGCACGCACACCCCGCGGCGGAAAGAUUGGCGCAUUGCAACGGAUAA